AUGAUUGUGCUCAUUUUCCUGGCUAUGGGACUCAGCUCAGAAAAUAAAUCUACUUCUCAUACUCAAGAUUGUGCAUAUUUAAGGCAGCAAUGCCAAAGUGAUGGAACUGCAUGUGAACAUGCUUGGCGAAUAGUGGAAGAUGCCUGCGGUAUUUCAGAUCCAGGUGACUCCUGCAAGAUAACUAAUUCAUCACACUGCAAUCUGACCAUCCAGUGCUUAGUGGAAAGUAAUUUCCAAUUUAAACGGUGUGUCUACACUGAUGACCUCUCUUGCACUGUGAACAAAGUUUUUGGAAUAAAAUGCAUCAAUAAGUCAGAUGACAUCAAAGAGGACAAAAAAUUCAAACAGAACCUAAUUACUCCUUCCCACCACGGACUCGCAGGGGUGCCGUCCUGCCUGGAAGCCACGGCCGCCUGCCUGGGCGACGCGGCCUGCAACGCGCGCUUGGCCGCCUACCUCUCCGCGUGCUCCGCGCAGCGCGCCGGGAGACGUUACUGGACAUUUCAGUCAAAAUGCUGGCCCCACGUGGCUGAAAAGUGCCACGAGGAUGAGACCUGCAUCAGCACUUUAAGCAAACAGGAUAUCACGUGCUCAGGAAGUGAGGACUGCAGAGCUGCCUACAUCGGUAUCCUUGGGACAGCCCUUCAGGGCCAGUGCACCUGUAGGGCUACUACCCAAACUGAAGAAUCUUUAUGCAAGAUUUUCCAGCAACUGCUCCAUCGAAAAUCAUGUUUCAAUUAUCCAAUCCUGUCUAAUGUCAAAGGCAUUCCAUUUUAUAACAGAAAACAUGCAAAGGAAAUUACUCUAACUGGAUUCCAUUCUCGCGUCAAUGGAGAAGUAAUCUAUGCUGUCAUGUGCAUGACAGUCACCUGUGGAGUCCUUCUCCUGGUUAUGCUCAAACUGAGAAUCUCCAGAAUUCCAAGUCAAACAAGGGAUCCACCACGAAUCCAAAUACCUGGAGGAAUCAUCAUUCACUAAGAGUCAUGGAUUGUUAGAUGGAUUCCUAAAUAUUUCAAUUUCUUGGAUGUUAUUGUGAAA